GCACGCUUCCGCCUCUACUUCCACCUGCGCUCCUUUGGAUAUUCGUCUGUUGAUUUUUUCUUGCACAUUAUAAUUUACCAAAAACUUGGUACAAUAACCUCACCGGAUAGCCGAGCGCGGGCCAUCCAAGGCGAUGCUGUGCGUGCUGCUCUUACCCAUCGCCGCUUUCCUGCUGCGCGCGGACGCGGCGGUCGGCAUCAUUAUCAACAACAACAACAACAACAAUGACGGGAACACGGCGGACACGGACAAGUGGAUCAGCGACAAGGACAAGUACUGGAGCAAAUUCCGUGACGAUGAUUACGUCAGGACCUGGGUCCCAAGCAAAGCACAAGACAAAGAACCAGAGAACAGGCCCAGGAGACAUGGGGAACCAGGAUCCAAAACACACCAGCCUAAAUGGAGGACUGAUGAUGGUUUGGACAUCACUAAAGAUCCUUGUAUGAAGGUACACUGUCCUCCUCACAAAGUGUGUGUGAGUCAUGACCUCCAAACGGCCAUCUGCACCAAUCAUAAACCUCCACAGCACAGCAUUAAGCCAAGGAAAGGCAGUCAUCUCCACAAGCACUGGAUGGGAGGAGUGAAUCAUGGGAAAUGUAGACCUUGUCCUGUUGUCCAUCCUAAUCCAGUGUGUGGCUCAGAUGGUCAUACCUACUCCUCAAAGUGUAAGCUGGAGUUCCAGACAUGUGUUUCGGGAAAGAGCAUCACAGCCAAGUGUGAAGGACCCUGUCCCUGCCUACCUGGACAGGAAGUCUUUAAACCACACACCGAAAAGAAUGGUUGCAGUGAUGCCGAUCUAAGGAGCUUGGCCUCCAGACUGAAGGACUGGUUUGGCGUGUUGCACAUGGACGCCAACCGAGAUCUGAAGACUUCUGCCAAUGACAACGGACAAGGACGUUUUGACACCAGCAUCCUCCCAAUCUGUAAGGACUCGCUUGGUUGGAUGUUCAACAAGUUGGACAUGAAUUAUGAUCUCUUGCUCGACCAGUCAGAGCUCAGCGCCAUUUAUCUGGACAAGUACGAGCUGUGUAUGCGCCCACUCUUCAACUCCUGUGACUCCUUUAAGGAUGGGAAGCUUUCCAACAAUGAGUGGUGCUACUGCUUCCAGAAACCAGAUGGUCUGCCCUGUCAGAAUGAAAUAAAUAGGAUUCACACUCAAAGCCGACGGAAGUCUCUCAUAGGAGCAUAUGUCCCACGCUGUACAGAGGACGGCUACUUUAAGACAACGCAGUGUCACAGCAGCACCGGCCAGUGUUGGUGCGUUGAUAAAUAUGGCAAUGAGAUUGCAGGCUCUAGGAAACAAGGCAACCCAAUCUGUGAGGAGGAUCAGGAGACCUCAGGGGAUUUUGGCAGCGGAGGAGCCGUAAUUCUUCUCGAUGACCAGGAGGAGGAGGAGCCUCCACAGAACAGGCGGCGCAGACAGAAGGAGAAGCGGGGAAGGCUCCGCCCCCGCGGGGCCAUCGAGGACGAUGAAGACGAAGAAGACGACAAAGAAGACGAGACUGGCUACAUCUGGUAGCUCCACCCCCAUCUUCCGUUGGCCAACCAGGGACCCCGGUUGUAAUGCACAGUUCUGAAGCCAUUCCAACCCCACGAUCUGGAUCAGAAUCUCAAAAACACAUCAAUAACUAUAACCUGCAUCACAUGUCUUUUUUUUUUUUUUCUCUUCUGUAUUUUAUUUUCUGGCUAAUCUAAACAAUAUAAACCAGUAAAAACUCUCAUAGCAGCAUUAACACAUUCUGUUUCACUCUGGAAAUGGCAACCAUAUAUUCUUACUCUUAUUUCAGAAAUUCGCACCAACAUUUGUUUAUAUUGUUUUUCUUAUUUACUAUUAUUUUUUUUACCAUCCAUAUAGCUCCUGAAGCCAUUAGAGAGCUGUGGCUGUAAAUAUUUCUUUUUCUCUUCAGACAGAUGAGGCGCUAUGUCUCCCUCCAUCCCAGAGUCUCUCACUCAAGCCUUUUAGAAGACUCCUAAAAGCUCUAAAAGGUCCUUCAGGUGGUGCGGUAUGAUCAAAUAAGUCUGAGAGAAUGAGUAAAAGUUCUGGUGUGUUUUAGAAGGCUCUAGUGAGACUCUCGACUGGCCUAUGCAUGUUCCCUACUGUGGAGAUGAGAAGAAGGCGAUCUUUUUUUCCCAGCUGGUGGCUAAUAAAUAGCCAAUGAGCAUUUUAUUUUGUGAUACUGCUGUUGUUUGCUGACGCUCUGCUUCGUUCUGUUGCUGGACGGUCAACACAGGGCUACCACAAAGUCUCUGUGAACAAAACUUUCUAUUCCACUGGACAAUGUGGUAUGGGGAUGUCAAGGUACUCUAACUAAUCCAUGAUCCAACAGGUAGCAGGGCUUUAUUUGGUCACCCUUAAUGCCAAGGCAUCAGAACACCAAACUGGGAGGUAGAUAUGGUGUAAACGUUUGACUGUUGAAAUAUAUUCAUUACUGCAUUGUUUCUUAGGUCAUCCAUAAUUAUAAAAAAAAAUGUGAGUGCUACUGGGAUGUUUUAUUUUUCGUUAACACAAUCCAAAUGCAGAGUGUAACCGGACCAUUAAGCUCCGUAGUGUCAUUAGUGUUGGACGCACUGGCAAUCUCACUCAAGUAAUUUUUAAAUAAAUAGACACAAGUACUUAACCUGAAUGGAGAUCAUCCUGAAUAUGGAUUAGUGACAAUACCUUACCAUGCUACACUGUCCAGAGGAAGAGCAGAAAAGUGUGUGUCUGUGUCUCUGUGUGUGUGUGUGUGGAUGCACAAACCAAUUAGUAUCCAAAAUGUACAUCACUUCAAUUUUGCCAUGUUAAAUCGUUUCAAUUAUGCAACAUAUAUUUUUUUCAAUCAUUUUUGCUUUUUUU